AUGGGACCGACCGUGCUUUUCAUUCAUCCAGACCUAGGAAUUGGUGGUGCUGAGAGAUUGGUUGUAGAUGCAGCUCUGGCCUUGAAAUCUUGUGGCUGUAAAGUACAAGUGUGGACAGCUCACUAUGACCCUAACCACUGUUUUUCGGAGACCCUGGACUCUGGAAUUUCUAUUAGAUGUUGUGGAGACUGGCUUCCUCGAAGUAUUUUUGGGAAAUGUUUUGCUCUUUGUGCUUAUAUUCGCAUGAUAUUUCUAGCUUUUUAUAUAGUAUUUCUCAGCGGGGAGCAGUUUGAUGUGGUGUUCUGUGACCAGGUAUCUGCAUGCAUUCCUGUUUUCAAAUUGUCUAGAAACAGAAAACCUGUUUUAUUUUAUUGCCAUUUUCCUGAUCAGCUCCUUACUCAGAGGAUUUCACUAGUUAAGAAAGUCUACAGAGCUCCCAUUGACUGGUUAGAAGAGAAGACCACCGGCAUGGCCGAUUGCAUUGUAGUCAACAGUCAUUUCACUGCUAAAAUCUUCCAAGAAACCUUUUCUUCAUUAUCUCAUAUACAGCCAGAUGUCUUAUAUCCAUCGUUAAAUAUUAGCAACUUUGAAUGCAGCAUUUUUGAUGAUCUCAGUGAACUUGUUCCAGUGGGCAGAGAAAUUGUAUUUCUCUCAAUCAAUAGAUAUGAGCGGAAGAAAAAUCUUAUUCUUGCACUUGAAUCCUUAUGUGCUCUUCAUGCUAAACUGAAUUCUAUGGACUGGGAAAAGAUUCAACUCAUCAUCGCUGGGGGUUAUGAUGAGAGAGUCAGGGAGAACAUUGAACAUUAUCAAGAACUGAAAAGCUUUGCAGAAAAAUAUGAAAUUGGUAACCAUGUUACUUUUCUAAGAUCAUUUUCUGACAAGCAAAAACUGAAUCUCUUACAUAACUGUACAUGCAUAUUAUACACUCCCAGUAAUGAACAUUUUGGAAUUGUUCCAGUCGAGGCUAUGUACAUGCACUGCCCAGUAAUAGCUGUCAAUUCAGGUGGUCCUCUUGAAUCAAUUGUAAAUAAUGUGACGGGUUUUCUGUGCCCCCCUAUUGCAGAAGCAUUUGCUGAUGCCAUGGAAAAAUUUGUUAAAGACCCUUCUCUUAAAGUAACAAUGGGAAAGUCUGGACAUGCAAGAGUUCUUGAAAAAUUUUCCUCUCAAGCAUUUACUGAUCAAAUCUAUCAUUAUAUAUGUAAACUAACUGAAUAUAAAUGA